UUUUUUUUCAGAAACUGGAAUAUCGCUCGUAUUCCACACCGCACUGUACCCAAAGACUCUGAGGAGGAAAGUGUGCUUUGCUUGGAUUCCCAGCUGCAAGUCAAAUCUACCAGGUCGUAGUAAUGUCAUCGGAACCAGUCCACAGGAUCCAACGACUGCUUCUUCUGGGCGCCGUCAUCCUAGGAUGCUUUGUGACUCUCUUUGUGAUGUAUUUGAACUCGUCUACUGGCUGGCAGUCAGGUACUGUGGAGUCCAUUGCUCCCAGCGAGCACGCCAAGGAGCGCAUCGAGGAUGUCCUGACAAAGAAGGACCACAAUGAGACCACGGUGCUCAUCUGGCUCUGGCCCUUCGGCGAGAAGAUAGAUAAAGUGAAUGUCUGCGCUUCGAAGUUCAGCAUUGACGGCUGCUUCAUCACGACCGACCGAAACCUCUACAACAAGUCGGACGGCGUCAUCAUCCACCAUCGUGACAUCCGCUCCAACUUGUCUCACCUGCCACCGCCACACCAGCGUCCAUCCUUCCAGAAGUGGAUCUGGAUGAAUCUCGAGUCACCGACGCACUCUUCCCAGCUGGCUGUCAUGAAGAACCUCUUCAACCUGACGCUCAACUACCGCCGCGACGCCGAUAUCCCAGUGCCUUAUGGCUCUCUGAUUUUCAUCGAGGGUGUGGACAACUUUGUCCCACCCAGGAAGAACAAGCUCCUAUGCUGGAUCGUGAGCCACUGGAAACAGAACAUGGCGCGUGUCAAGUACUACAACGAGCUGCAGAAGCACAUCAAAGUGGACGUGUAUGGCAAGGCCUUCAACAAGUCCAUCACACGCCAGGAUUAUGUCUCCAUCCUCACCAGCUGCAAGUUCUACCUGGCGUUCGAGAACUCCAUCCACAAGGACUACAUCACCGAGAAGUUCUACAACUCGCUUGGAAUGGGCACCGUACCCGUGGUGCUGGGCCCGUCGCGGCACAACUACGAGAACUUCGUCCAGGGGGACGCCUUCAUCCACGUGGAUGACUUCGCGUCACCCAAGGAUCUGGCUGACUACAUCCUGCAACUGGACAAGAACGAAGAGAGGUAUCGAAGAUUUUUCGAGUGGCGGCGGCACUUUCAGGUAAAGAGGCUGCAUUUCUGGAUAGAGCACGCAUGCGUGGCCUGCGACUACCUGCGCAGGCACAGGAAGUACCAGGUGGUCAAUAACCUGGACACGUGGUUCUGGGACUGAGCCACUUUGUGUGAAUGCUGAAGGCUGUUCUGAUUUGUUUAUUCCUCAUCCUCACCGGGACCUGCACAUUUUCUUUCUGUAUUGAUUCAGUGACCAAUUUUAUUUUCAUCUGUGCCAAUUUUAAUAAGGCUUUUAUUUUCCCCCAAAAUGUAG